GUCUCUCUUGCUCUCUGUCAUUGCAUAGUCAUGGCCACCCGAGGGGUAUUCCAGCUGCGCAAGCUGACGCUCAAGUACUGCGACCACAGUGGAAGCAGUAAGGGCGCACGAGAGUUCAUCCGGCACCGGAUUGUUGAGUUUGCAAACAACACGCCUGCGGCUGAGGUUGUGACCGAGCUGCGACCAGGGAAGCACCCUUACAUCAUGGGGGACUAUGUUACGGGCGAGGUCAAGACAAUAGGCAUCAAGAACAUUGCCCCAGGAGAAAUUAUGGAUUACGCCAUGAUGCUCAGAAAUUCUAGUGGUCACAAGGUUCGAAAAUUCAAGAAGCCGGUGGAGAGCCGAUAUCCCUCGAUCCAGGGUGUGUGGGACAUCGACGCGCCUCUCCACACGACAGACAUUCACGUGGAGCACCACGACUGAUCGCUUGGGUUGUUUUUAAUAGAAUCAUUGUUGGUGUAUUGGCGUACCGGCUGGCGGGCGGUGCUUAAGAAUCUACCACCUCAAUAGCGCGUACCUUGUUGCGCACCUUGGUAUGUAUAGUAGUGAGGCUUGCACCGCCCUGCCCUGGGAGCCCCCAGCUAUAGCCGCAUGCGUGCAAGCACAGCACGGCGUGAUUCCUUCGCUGCGCCCGGCC